AUAAGAGACCAUAUUUUUUUUUUUUUUGGUCAUUUUCUCCUUUUAUUUCAUUGAGAAAUAACAGUAAUUUACACUAGGUUCAUUUCAAUAGAAAAAAAUAUUCCUCUAUCUUGAAUUGGAGGAAGAUCAAGGCCGUAGAAUCUCUGGUAACCGGCGACACACAUUUCCGCUGUAAGGAAAGCACAAUACACAUGGCAAUGAUUGAUGAGCCAUUGUACCCAAUAGCUGUGCUAAUAGAUGAGCUGAAGAAUGACGACAUUCAAUUGCGGUUGAAUUCUUUUAGGAGGUUAUCUACUAUUGCACGAGCACUCGGUGAGGAAAGAACCAGGAGGGAGUUGAUCCCAUUUUUGAGCGAAAACAAUGACGACGACGAUGAGGUGCUACUUACCAUGGCAGAAGAGUUGGGUGUUUUUAUUCCUGAUGUUGGAGGAGUGGAGCACGCUCAUGUGUUAAUCCCACCUCUGGAAACCCUUUGCACUGUAGAGGAGACCUCUGUGAGGGACAAAGCUGUGGAGUCAUUGUGUAGAAUUGGAUCCCAGAUGAGGGAGAGUGAUUUGCUUGAUUGGUUUGUCCCUCUUGUGAAGAGGCUGGCCCGUGGUGAGUGGUUCACGGCUAGAGUUUCUGCUUGUGGACUGUUUCACAUUGCUUACCCAAGUGCCCCUGAGAUGUUAAAGACAGAGCUCCUGUCCAUAUAUAGCCAGUUGUGUCAAGAUGACAUGCCUAUGGUGAGAAGGUCAGCUGCGACCAACUUGGGGAAGUUUGCUGCUACUAUCGAACCAGCUUACCUCAAGACUGACAUCAUGACAAUAUUUGAGGAUCUUACACAGGAUGAUCAAGAUUCUGUACGCUUACUAGCAGUUGAGGGCUGUGCUGCACUAGGCAAGUUGCUGGAGCCCCAGGAUUGUGUUGCACAUAUUCUUCCUGUCAUUGUCAACUUCUCUCAGGAUAAGUCUUGGCGUGUACGAUAUGUGGUCGCAAACCAGUUGUAUGAGCUCUGUGAAGCUGUAGGACCUGAGCCCACCAGGACGGACUUGGUUCCUGCUUAUGUGCGUUUGCUGCGGGAUAAUGAAGCUGAGGUGCGUAUAGCAGCUGCAGGGAAAGUCACCAAAUUCAGUCGGAUUCUUAAUCCUGAGCUUGCUAUACAGCACAUUCUUCCCUGUGUGAAGGAAUUGUCAUCAGACUCUUCGCAGCAUGUUAGAUCUGCUUUGGCUUCGGUUAUAAUGGGGAUGGCUCCUGUCUUGGGAAAGGAAGCAACCAUUGAACAUCUUCUUCCAAUUUUUCUUUCCCUUCUAAAGGAUGAAUUUCCCGAUGUGCGCCUCAACAUCAUUAGCAAACUUGAUCAAGUCAAUCAGGUGAUUGGAAUUGAUUUAUUAUCCCAAUCUCUGUUGCCAGCUAUUGUUGAGCUGGCAGAGGAUAGGCAUUGGCGAGUUCGUCUGGCUAUAAUAGAAUACAUACCUCUGUUGGCCAGUCAGUUGGGUGUAGGAUUUUUUGAUGAUAAGCUUGGCACCCUUUGCAUGCAUUGGUUACAGGACAAGGUUUGUUCAAUCAGAGACGCUGCAGCUAAUAACUUAAAGCGCCUUGCAGAAGAAUUUGGUCCAGAGUGGGCAAUGCAGCAUAUAGUUCCUCAGGUCUUGGAUGUGAUUAAUAGUUCACAUUAUUUGUACCGGAUGACAAUACUUAGAGCAAUUUCUUUACUUGCACCUGUGAUGGGUUCUGAGAUAACAUGUUCUAAGUUGCUGCCAGUGGUUAUUACGGCCUCAAAGGACAGAGUGCCCAACAUCAAAUUUAAUGUUGCAAAGGUGUUGCAGUCCCUUAUCCCCAUCGUUGACCAAUCAGUAGGGGAGAAAACGAUUCGCCCUAGUUUAGUGGAGCUAGCUGAGGACCCUGACGUCGAUGUUCGUUUUUAUGCGAAUCAAGCACUUCAUUCGAUUGAUAAUGUCAUGGUGUCAAGUUAGAGAUAUUUCCAGAAAUCUGUCGUCAAAUCCUCUUUGGUAGUCUGGGAUUAUGCCCUCACACCAGGAAACAAGAAGGGAAGGCAGAAAGUGAAAUGCAUCUGUUUGAGAUUUGGGAGUCAACUUUUACUAACCUUAGGAUGUGUCAAUCUGAAAUGCUUCUGACAGUAACUCAAGUCUUUAUGUGUAAAUUGGCUGCUAGACUGACUAAUUAGUAUCUUUGUCUUAGACCAUUUAGUUGGCCCAAGUGUCAUGACCAUUCUGUUUUAUGAUCAUUGUCCGGUGUAGAUGAGGUUCUUAUUGGACUUGAUUACAAUCUAAGGUUACCAGUUAUUAUUAUAAUGGAAGUUUGAAAACCAUC